CUAAAAUUAUUAGAAACCUCAGGAAAUUAUUCCUAAAAUAUUUCCUCCACACAAGACACAGUGUUCCCAUCCUAGUUCUUAUAAAUAGGGCUUUAGCUCAAUGCACUUGUCACUAGAUAUCAAUAAAUUUUGCACGUCAUUUAUAUUUUGAGCGAAAUUGUGAUCAAAUGGCGUCUUCAAAAAGUUUGCUCUUUCUUUUUGGUGUUCUCUUCGCACUUGUACUCCUCAUUUCCGCUGAUGUAACAACAGCAGAUCAGGAGACCACGAAGGCCACUGGUGUCCACGAUGCCAGCUCAGGUGAGGCUCAUCAGGAUCCUGUAAUCGUAGAUCGUUGCGCAUUUGGUUGUUGCCGCUUGUUCCAUGGACUUUGCUUUAGAUGCUGUCCACCUGCUGAGAAGACCCCUAAUAUUGAAUUUGGAGAUGAGGUUAAGAAUUAAAGCUAAGUCAAUAAGGAUGUGAGAUCCGUAACACCUAUAUUAUUACCUUAAUAUGUUGUGUUUGUCUUGAUGGUUGAUUUCCUCUUAUGCGUAAAAAGGACUCGUGGAGCUUCUCUUUGACUUGGUGUAGAAUCAACAGGGGAGGCAUGUAAUGAGUACUCAGCUCGACUGCCCUUCUUGUGUUGUUGUCAUGUUGAAUAAAUAAAUCUACUUGAUCAUCUACGACACUUGAUGAUCUCUAUCUCAGUUACAUCAGAAACUUCUGUACCUUGGACUUGCUAGAAUUUAGUGUGAUUGAUACAAGACGUGCAGAAUGUUCAAUAUAUGUAUAUACGUGCUUCUUCAUCGUCCCAUGUCUUUACAGUGUAAAAUAAUUCAGUAAACCCAAUCCUGUUCCUUCCUGAGAAAGGAACUAAAGUCCUUUAAAUGGAUAUUUUGGAUGCUAUCAAGGGUUUGAAUGGAUUGCCAUUUAGAGAUCUGAA